UGCUUUGGUUUCUGGGGGCCCAAACCUGGUUCCUGGGACUCGGAGGUCUAAAGCUUUGUGGGAUGCAAUUCCUGCUUUCCCUUGCAGACUUGCCUCAAACUUUGGCGUCCCUGGUUGGUUGGAAUUGGGGGCGGAGCAGGGAGGGCCAAAGUCCCCUCUGCAACCAGGCCCCGCCCUUCUGCGUGUCCGGCGCUCACGGAACCAGGAGACAAACCUUGCACAGGCCGGCCCUCACAGUCCAGGGUACCAGCACCAUGUCCGUGACUCUGGGUUACUGGGACAUCCGCGGGCUGGCUCACGGCAUCCGCCUGCUCCUGGAGUACACAGACACCAGCUAUGAGGAGAAGAGAUACACCAUGGGGGACGCUCCUGACUACGAUCAAAGCCAUUGGCUGAAUGAGAAGUUCAAGCUGGGACUUGACUUUCCCAAUCUGCCCUACCUAAUUGAUGGGACUCACAAGCUCACCCAGAGCAACGCCAUCAUGCGCUACAUUGCCCGCAAGCACAACCUGUGUGGGGAGACAGAAGAAGAGAAGAUUCGUGUGGAUAUUUUGGAAAACCAGCUUAUGGAUACUCGCAUGGAGCUGGCCAGGCUUUGCUACAACUCUGACUUUGAGCAACUGAAGCCAGCAUACUUGAUUCAACUCCCUGAAAUGAUGAAGCUCUACUCACAGUUCCUGGGGAAGCAGCCAUGGUUUGCAGGGGACAAGAUCACUUUUGUGGACUUCCUUGCUUAUGAUACCAUUGAGAGGAACCGAGUGUUUGAGCCCACCUGCCUAGACGCAUUCCCCAACCUGAAGGACUUCAUAUCCCGUUUUGAGGGUCUGAAGAAGAUCUCUGCUUACAUGAAGUCCAGCCGCUUCCUUCCAAGACCUGUGUUUACAAAGAUGGCAACGUGGGGCAGCAAGUAGGGCCCUGAAAGGCCAGGAGAUGGGAGGGAGAAGCCACUUCUCUUCCUGCUGCCCAGCGUCCUCUGGGUCAGCCACCCGCCUGCAGCCUUCAUACCACUUUCUGUUUCUUUUCCCUUCUAAUGGCCAAAGCCUUGUAAACUCUCUUUUCUCUCACUUCAUCCCUAUCCCAUUCAGGCCUUGAAGUGCUAGCUCAUUUUCCUUCAGCAAAGCUUCUCCUAAUGCUAUUACUAUGGUGUCCUGCACUAAGCCAGCCUGACCAUCCUACCCAUCAGUGGCUGUGUCUGCUUCAAGGAGCUGGGCCCGGACCCUCGUGGAGCUCAGCACUGUGCUCCCCAGCACUUUCAGAAAGACCAGUGUUGCCUGGUAUACAGCCCUGCACUGUGGUGGGGUACCUGCCCCAGGCUUGUGUGAGCCCAGUAAAAUCUGAACCGCACUUGCUGUUUUGUCUUACUGUGUCCAGCUCUAUGCAUUUGACAGUUGGAACUACUAUCUCCAAGGGACUGAUUGGUUGAGUUCACAGGGAUUCUGGUUGGGUAGGAAGGGGGUUGAGAUUUCUUGGUCCCCUUUCUGACACCCUGAGUGCAGGCAGCCCCACCCCGCUAGAGAAUACAGAGCUCUUGUUUUGGGCCUGUAGCUCCUGCAGCGUCAGUGAAGCAUCUGUGGUGAGGCCGGGCUGUGUGUCACACUGACCAGGGACUCAGGGUGGGUGGGAGUCCCCAGCAGAGAAAGUCAGGAUCUUUUCUGGUUUCCAAAUGCUGUGGCUACAGAUCUCAGGAUCUUGUAUCUACUCAAUUUCUCAGAUGCCUUCAUGGUUUUCCGCUGGCUUGCUGCCCCCCUGGCUUGUGGACUUCCUUGGUUUACUUCUUCACCUUCUUGGGUACUUAUAAAAUAAACUUUUUUAGUUCUUGCAUUAAUGAAA